CACUUCCGCUAAGAAUACUUCCAACAUGGCGCUGCUUUUAAGGUCAUUGGCUCGACAGGGGGUGUGUCUGUCCAGAUCCCCCUCUCUCCAGCUCUCCCCCCUCGUCUGCAGACAUGCUGCUCCGAUGGGGACCACAGCCAAAGAGGAAAUGAACAAAUUCUGGGCCAAAAACGCCAGACUGAACCGACCCCUGUCCCCUCACCUCACCAUCUACCAAUGGUCCGUCCCGAUGAUGAUGUCCGUCACACACAGAGGAACGGGAGUCGCUCUCAGUGGAGCGAUCUCAGCGUUUGCAGCGUGCGCUCUGGUGUUACCCGGAAACUACCCGUAUUACCUGGACCUCAUCCACUCUCUGUGGGUGGGCCCGGCGCUCAUCGCUCUGGCAAAGAUCGGCAUCGCGUUCCCCGUCUCCUACCACACCUACAACGGCAUCCGCCACCUGUGGUGGGACAUUGGAAAAGGCUUUAAGAUCCCGGAGGUGUACCGCACGGGCUACACAGUGAUCGGGCUGUCGGUGCUCACCUCCGUCGCCGUGGCCUUCCUCCUCUGAAGAAAAAAAAGUCGUCCUCACACACACGGAAAUCUCUCUCUAUCGUGGUCUGUCUUUAUUGUACAUUAAAAUAUAUACGGCACUUUA